UGGGCAUUCUUUAUUACUUGCUGUUAAUCUCUGGUGUCGUCAGGAUUGCUUAGCAGGAGACGUGUGUAUUUUUGUAAAUAAAUAAUUAUAAAACAAAGCCGUCAAGAUGACUAUGGCAAUGCUACAACGUCGAGCCAACGUAAGGCUGCCUCCAGAAGUGAACAGAGUUCUGUAUAUUAGAAAUUUGCCCUAUAAGAUUACAGCCGAAGAGAUGUACGAUAUCUUCGGCAAAUACGGAGCUAUAAGGCAAAUCCGAGUUGGAAAUACAGCAGAAACAAGGGGAACGGCAUUUGUGGUAUACGAGGACAUAUUCGAUGCAAAAAAUGCAUGUGAUCACCUUAGUGGAUUCAACGUUUGUAACCGUUACCUCGUGGUAUUAUAUUAUCAGAGCAACAAAGCAUUCAAACGAGUGGACGUCGACAAGAAGAUGGAAGAAAUUGAUAAGCUUAAGACCAAGUACAACCUAAACGAGGAGAAAAAAACUUAGCGUUAAUAAAACAUAGGUAAUCAUUCAUACUAUUUAUAUUCCAAAAGUAAGGUUAACUUGGAUGCGAUACGUGCGAAACAAAGAGAUGCAGUAAAGCGACAACGAUGUAUCGUUUUACACAAUGGACAAUGUAAAUAUACCGACAAGCUUUA